AUGCAGCGCAUUAAAAAGGCGGACCCGGAGUGGCCCCACAAGUCACCCAAUGGGCAGAACGGAGCUGGACCCAACCUGCCGAUCGAGGUGUCAGCCCGGCUUCAGAUGAUGUUUGAGGAAGGCGUGUGCCGGCCAUCAGACCUGGACCGACAAUGCCUUUCCCAGCUGGCCCGCCUGCCUGUCCCCAUGGGACUCGAGGCCCUCAACGAGUUCUCCAGGCGGGACCUCUCCGACGUUCGCAACUUCUCUGCCCUGUUUGUCUCCAUAUUGCGGCGGCUGGAAAAUGACUUCGACAGGCACAGUGGGCCACCCCAGGCCGUGCCCCACAUGAUGCCCCCGCCCUCCCAGAUGCCUCCUGUUGGGAUGAACAGAAUGGGUAUGGAGGGAAUGCCAGGGCAGUUCCCAGUGCCCUCGCAGAUGCCGCAGUACCCAGUGGCCAUGCCCAAUCAGAUGGGCGCAACGAUGCCGUACAACCCCCUUGACCCGCAAGCCGUGAUGACGCCUGGCCUGGCGCCCGUCCCUGGCAUGCCUGGCCAGUUCAUGCCUCCCGAAAGUGACAGGCACAACUAUGGGAUGGAGCAACUCCAGAUGGGCGUGCGGGUGGAUGAGUUCCACAAGCUGUCCCCGCAUGCUACCUAUGUGCACCCCGCCCCGUCCCUGAAGCUGCAGACACUCUGGGACGAGGGCGUGCGGCUUGUGUCAGUGCUAGACGAUGGGGCGUGGGAUGCACUUGCGCAGCUCAAGGCGCCUGAGGCAUUGGCUGUGAUCGAGGACGUGGCGAACAAGCUGCAGGGCCCUAACAACUUGAGGAAUGUCAACGCCUUCUUCAUGUCCGUCGCCCGCAAAUUCCUGCCCCAUGCUGGGCGCCCAGCCCCUCCUGGUGGCAGCACCUUUCCCCCUCCCGUACAGUCCCGUGUUGUGCGCCAGUCGCCCCGUGGGGUCGCAGGCGACCUCUCCUCCCUUAGCCCGGACAUCCGCCAGAAGAUCGACGACGUGGUGUACCUGCACCAGAAGUACAUUAAGAACACGGACUUCGACCAGGGCGUGGCCGAGGCAUUGAAGCGACUGUCUGACUACGAGAUCAUCAGUGUCCUGGAUGACCUGUCAUCCGCUCAGAAUCUGGCAACGGUGCAGAACGUACCUGCGUUCAUUAUGUCCAUCAUACGCCGGCACCAGAAUGCUGGAAAGCGGUGA